AUGGCCCUGAGCGAGAUGGCUCUGCUGCGAUGGCUGCGGGACAGCCGCCACUCGCGCAAGCUGAUCCUGUUCAUCGUGUUCCUCGCGCUGCUGCUGGACAACAUGCUGCUCACCGUCGUGGUUCCCAUCAUUCCCAGUUACCUGUACAGCAUUAAGCAUGAGAAAAACACUACAGAAAUCCAGACCACUAAGCCAGCACUCACAGCCUCCACCUUGGGAAGCAUCCAGGGCAUAUUCUCCUACUAUGACAACUCUACCAUUUCAUUCACCGGGAAUUCCACUGGGAAUGCCACCGGGGGCUUCCCAGGGGAGCAGCCAUACAAGACCAUUGCCACACAGCACAUGGUGACCAACACAUCCACUGUCCCUUCUGACUGUCCAAGCGAAGACAAAGACCUCCUGAACGAAAAUGUACAAGUUGGGUUGCUGUUUGCCUCCAAAGCUACUGUCCAGCUCCUUACCAACCCAUUCAUAGGAUUGCUGACCAACAGAAUUGGCUAUCCGAUUCCCAUGUUUGCUGGAUUCUGUAUUAUGUUUAUCUCAACAGUUAUGUUUGCCUUCUCCAGCAGCUACGCUUUCCUGCUGAUUGCCAGGUCUCUGCAGGGAAUCGGCUCCUCUUGCUCAUCCGUGGCUGGAAUGGGCAUGCUGGCCAGCGUGUACACAGAUGACGAAGAGAGGGGUAACGCCAUGGGGAUCGCUUUGGGGGGCCUGGCCAUGGGGGUCUUAGUGGGACCCCCCUUUGGGAGUAUACUCUAUGAGUUUGUGGGGAAGACAGCUCCCUUCCUGGUUCUGGCUGCCCUGGUGCUCUUGGAUGGAGCUGUUCAGCUCUUCGUGCUCCAGCCAUCCCGGGUGCAGCCAGAGAGUCAGAAGGGGACACCCCUAACUACCCUGCUGAAGGACCCGUAUAUCCUCAUCGCUGCAGGCUCCAUCUGCUUUGCAAACAUGGGGAUAGCCAUGCUGGAGCCUGCCCUGCCCAUCUGGAUGAUGGAGACCAUGUGUUCCCGAAAGUGGCAGCUGGGCAUUGCUUUCCUACCAGCAAGUAUCUCUUAUCUCCUUGGAACCAAUAUUUUUGGAAUACUUGCACACAAAAUGGGAAGGUGGCUUUGUGCUCUUCUGGGAAUGAUAAUUGUUGGAAUCAGCAUUUUAUGUAUUCCCUUUGCGAAAAAUAUCUAUGGACUCAUCGCUCCCAACUUUGGAGUUGGCUUUGCAAUUGGGAUGGUGGAUUCCUCCAUGAUGCCUAUCAUGGGCUACCUGGUGGACCUACGGCACGUGUCUGUCUAUGGAAGCGUAUAUGCCAUUGCGGAUGUGGCCUUUUGUAUGGGCUAUGCCAUCGGUCCUUCUGCUGGUGGUGCCAUUGCAAAGGCAAUCGGCUUUCCUUGGCUCAUGACAAUUAUCGGGAUAAUUGAUAUUGUUUUUGCUCCACUCUGCUUUUUUCUUCGAAGUCCACCUGCUAAGGAAGAAAAAAUGGCUAUCCUCAUGGACCACAACUGCCCCAUUAAAACAAAAAUGUACACUCAGAAUAAUGUCCAGUCGUAUCCCAUCGGUGAGGAUGAAGAAUCUGAAAGUGACUGA